AUUUCAAAGAUGCUCUCUAGAGAAAUUAUGCAAUUUAAGAGAAGGAUAGGCUAUAGCUUACUGCCAAACCACCGACUCUUCGGCAACAAGAUUGAAGGAUGGGUCCUGAACAAUACUUCUCUAGUCAAACACAAAGAUUCUGAAGGGCUUCCACAGCCCAUAGUUAUAGAAGAAGAUGAUAAUAUCCUGGUUCGGAAGAAGAAAAAUCGAGAGAAUACAGUUCAAUUAACUGAAUACCUCAAAACUAGGGAUAUCAAGGACGUCACAGAGGUUGAGAAACAAGAGAUUGUGGCCAGAAUCCGCGCAACUCUUCCUAAGAGACGUGGUAUAGUCAAUGCCAUCAAGCCGUAUAUCAAAGAAUUUGAUGAGCUUACUGAGGAACAAAAGUAUCAGAUGAUUGAUAAUUACCUCACUUCGACAGAGCUCAUGAACAAAAUGAACCUUACCCUCAAAGAACUCCAGUACAUUGAGGAUGAAGAUUACUAUGUUGACAUUGAGGAAGAACUCAAGAAGGACCUGUAUGAAAAACAAAGAGUUAUUGAUGACUUCGUAAUUGAGCAUGAAGAAGAAAGAAAAGACUUACUAGGCUUCUUUGAAAAUAUGUACUUCAAAGCUCAACCUAAUAAAUUUGCCCAUAUUGUGUAUGCCAACCAAUUCAACCUGACGAGAGUUAGGGCUGCUCUUUCAGUUGGUUGUUUCAAUACAGCCCUAGCAACGGUAUGACUAGGUAUGGUCCAUCCUCUGCUACCUGUGAUUCUUGCAUAUGAUUAUUACCAAAUUAUAAAGUAUUGCUUCCUAUUGAACUCAACCGUUCUCAGAAUGCGUAUUUCUAAGACAAAGCAGAAGAUCUUCUUAGAAAGACUUAAUUUCCUUGGAUACUGGAAGAAGCCAAAGAAUCACUGGAGCUGGAUUAGAGACUGCAAAUUUGUAGGAAAGACAGAGUAUAAAGGUCUGAACCCCAACUCGAUUGGCCUUUUACCCUCCCUCAAUGCUCUCAAGAGGCUGUUCAACAAGGUAUCAUCCCAGGAUCAGCACCAGUCUCAGAGGUACAAGAGGAAAGUGCAAAAGACAGGAGGAGAGUUUUGCUCAUUCUAUCAUUUCAUGUGUAAAAAUAAAAACUACUACAUUCCCACUGAUAUGGUGGACAGGUCUAAGUCCAUUCUCAAUGAAGACCUUGUGCUCCAAGGGAUCAUGAAUGGCGAUCUGAAUAGAGUCCAUGAGUACGACUUCUACCACCAUGAUGAAGAAAUUUUGAUAAAUCGUGAAGAAAGUCGAGAAGGUCUCGAAGAUUUUGGCUACGAGAAUCACAUCGACCUCUUAGAAGAGGAAAACCGCAAGAAACGAGCUUACAUGAAAUAUCACCCCAAUAGAGAUUAUAAUGGUAGGUACGGGAAUGAGGCCCUUAAGAAGCCGAUGGGCGAUGAUGGGACCUUCAUUGAUAAUGGAUAUCGUUAAAGUAGUAAAUUCCUUAAAAUUUCAAUC